CCCAAAGCAAUGACUCUAGCAUAGAUACAAGAGGAAACACUCAAAGACCCAAUCCUGUAGAAGGUCAGUACCCACAUCGGAGACAAUACAUGGAGCAACACCACAGACGACACAUGCUGAUGCACUGAAGAAAUACAAACAGAUUAGUAGUGAGCUGACCUUAUCCAUCUAGGUUUCUAGCUGACCAUCUAGGUUUCUAUCACCGGAAAAAAACAACCCUCUGGGCCCAAGCAAAUGCAGCAGAAGAACACUUCAUGUGCAAGCUAGGAAAAGCCAUCCACGUAGCAAAGACAGAGAGCAUCCCCUUGGAAACAGCAUCAACACGUUUCCCUGAUGGAGCAGCAAAAGUCACAUGCAUGGCAUGGGCCCCCAACAGUGCAAGGUUUGCUGUAUGCACUGUGGAUAGAGUGGUUCUGUUAUAUGACGAACAAGGAGAGAGAAGAGACAAGUUCUCCACUAAAGCUGCAGACCCAAAGUAUGGGAAGAAAAGUUAUACCGUCAAGGCCUUGGCAUUUUUACCAGAUUCCACUAAAAUUGCCAUUGCACAGACCGAUGACAUCAUCUAUGUGUAUAAAAUUGGAGAGGAAUGGGGUGACAAAAAAGUAAUUUCCAACAAGUUCGUGCAGACGAGUGCCCUUACCUGUUUGAUUUGGCCGGCAGAUCAUGCUAUUGUUUUUGGAUUGGCAGAAGGAAAGGUCCGGAUAGCCAAUACCAAAACUAACAAGUCGUCCACAGUCUAUGCCACAGAGUCCUACGUCGUUUCAUUGACAUCAAAUGUGUCUGCGAAAGGAUUCAUGUCGGGCCAUGCAGACGGGACAGUGGUGCGCUACUUCUUUGAUGACGAAGGCUCAGGAGAGUCUCAGGGCAAGAUCUUCACACACCCCUGCCCUCCGUAAUGCUCUUGCCUGGGGCGCCAACAGCAUCAUUGCAGGGGGAUGCGAUAAAAAGAUUGUGGCCUACGGGAAGGAGGGCCACGUCCUGCAGACGUUUGACUACAGCAGAGACUGCUCAGAGAAGGAGUUCACUGUGGCUGCAACAGGCCCCAGUGGUCAGUCUGUUGUUUUGGGAAGCUAUGACAGAUUAAGGGUUUUUAACUGGAGCCCUCGUCGGGGCACUUGGGAUGAAGCUUCCCCCAAAGAGAUCCUCAACCUGUACACCAUCACAGCCCUGGCCUGGAAGAAAGACGGGUCCCGCC